AUGGCGGCGGGUGGUGCAGGCGGCGGCUGCCCUCCGGCCCCGCUGUUGCUGCUGGGGCUGGUGGCGGCGGCCGGGCUGGGCGGGGAGGCGGCGCGGCUGUACCGGCCCGGGGAGGACCCGCUGACCGUGCUGGAGGCGGGCACCGUGCGCCGGGCGCUGCUCAACUCCUCGGCCGCCUGGGUGCUGCAGUUCUACAGCUCAUCGUGCGGCCACUGCAUCGGCUUCGCCCCGACCUGGCGGGCCCUGGCCGGGGACGUGAAAGACUGGGAACCUGCCAUCAAGAUUGGUGUGCUGGAUUGCGGGGAGGAAGAGAACUAUGAGACCUGUAAAGAAUAUGGUAUUCUCUACUAUCCAACUUUUAGGUACUUCAAAGCAUUUACAAAGCAGUUCACAACUGGGGAAAAUUACAAAGCAGGGUCAGAUCGUGAGCUCCAAACCGUUCGUCAGAUGAUGAUUGAUUUUCUACAGAACCAUUCCCAAGAAUCAAGACCACCUGCUUGCCCUCCCUUGGAUCCAAUUCCGUCCAGUGAGAUUUCUUCUCUUUUUGACAAGAAUAGUCAUCAUUAUACUGCCAUUGUGGUUGAAAGUAGUAACUCCUAUGUUGGGCGAGAGGUGAUCUUAGACUUGAUUCAGUAUGAAAACAUUAUGGUAAAGAGAGUGCUGAAUUCUGAUAAGGCUUUUCUAGAGAAACUUGGUAUUACCUCAAUCCCUUCAUGUUAUCUGAUCUAUCCAAAUGGGUCCCAUGGAUUAAUUAACAUUUUGAAGCCUCUUCGGUCUUUCUUUUCUUCCUAUUUAAAGUCACUGCCCGGUGUGAGAAGAAAACUUGUUUCACAACUUCCACUACCAAAAAAGCAAAAUAAACAGGAGGGCACAGAAAUCAAGGCAUGGAAGGAAUUUGAUAAAGCUAAGCUGUACAUGGCUGACCUUGAAUCAGGAUUGCAUUACCUGCUCAGGGUAGAGCUUGCCACUCACAAGACGCUUGAGGGAGCUGAGCUAAAGACCUUCAAGGAUUUUGUUACAGUCAUUGCCAAGUUAUUUCCUGGCCGUCAGCCCGUGGUGAAGUUGUUAGAGACCUUGCAAGAGUGGCUGGUGAGCCUUCCAUUAGACAAAAUCCCUUAUGAUGCUAUCCUAGAUCUGGUCAACAACAAAAUGCGGAUUUCUGGAAUAUUUCUCACUAACCAUAUUCAGUGGGUCGGCUGUCAGGGGAGCAGACCAGAGCUGAGAGGUUAUACCUGUUCCCUCUGGAAGCUGUUCCACACCUUAACUGUUCAAGCUGCAGUUCGACCAAAAGCGCUAAUCAACACAGGUUUUGAGGAUAAUCCCCAAGUGGUCCUACAGAUCAUGCGGAGGUAUAUUCAGCACUUUUUUGGGUGCAAGGCUUGUGCUCAGCAUUUUGAAGAGAUGGCUAAAGAAUCCAUGGAUUCCGUGAAAACCCUAGACCAGGCUGUUCUCUGGCUGUGGGAGAAGCACAAUGUAGUGAAUGACAGGCUUGCAGGUGAUCCGAGUGAAGAUCCAAAAUUUCCUAAAGUUCAGUGGCCAUCUCCAGACCUCUGUCCCGAGUGCCACGAUGAAAUGAAAGGGUUACACAGCUGGGAUGAGGCCCAAGUGCUACAGUUCUUGAAGCAUCACUAUCACAGUGAAAAUAUUCUAUAUAAAUACACAGAAGACCAGGUUAACAUUAAUGAAAUAGAAGUUGGGGAUGUGAGAGAGAGAAGAGACAAAAAUUUACCCAAGAAAACAAGUGGAAACAAAGAAGACAAGAUCCUGGAUCAACAAAAUAUGUUGGAUUCAAAAUCUAAGGCCUUAGAUAAAUUAAUAGCAAAUAACGGACCUGUCAGAGAUAGAGGUAAAAAUGCAAUCGAAUCAGUUAUCCAUAAAGAGACCAAGCCGUCUGUGUCUUUCUUAGGGAUUGGAUUUUCUAACAUAGACAUGAGUCUGUGUGUUGUACUUUAUGUAGCAUCAUCCUUAUUUUUAAUGAUAAUGUACUUUUUUUUCCGAAUGAGGUCCAAACGGUGGAAGGUGAGGUAUUAUCGUCCGGGUGUGUAGAACUUACCAGAAAUGACAUUUUCAUUGUAAGUGGCUGAUCAGUACCAGACGCAGCUUUAAUAUUUAUGAUCAGGGAUUUUAUACACAGUAUUGUUUCAAAACCCUCCUCCCCCGCUCCCAACUCAUUUCACCAGUGUUCUCGCUUAGUGCUGUCGAGCGUGCUCCAGGAAUCCCAAUAUUUGUCUAGUAUCCAGGCCCAUAGCACUGACUCAGUGUUUACUAAAGGAAAAAGAUUGAACUUUUCCAUUAACAUAUCAUUACGGACUGUUUGCAUCAUUUACUGGUCUCUAAUGUGAGGAAUUGCACUACGGAAUUAGUUACUCCAGGUUUUGGAAAGAAACUGAAUACUAUUGUGUGUGUUCUGACACAGCCUUUUAAUUUUAUCCUGAGUUGACUUAAUAAUCUACCUGUCCACC